GCAACAUACCAACACUGCAGCGCCGCCGCGUGGCCAAACUAAGACAUAAUGGAAUUGUUUGGUUUUUUUACUAAAUUGAAUUUUUUGUCUCAUCAAAUAUUUUUGUCUCAGUGAAAGAAAGAAAAAAAAAAUAACUGCAGCCAUUGGAAAAAUAUUAUUAUUAAAUAAAGAGACAUAGAUGAUAUAUUUAUUAUAUUAUUAUCUUUUAUAAAAAAAAAACUGAAAUGUGUCAAUUUGCGAGUUGUUAUCUUGGAGUGUAUGAUCCCAACACGUGUGUGUCUGUCAUUGGGUCAGAGGAGGACCGGACCGGACCGGACCGGACUGACCCUGCAGCCCGGCUCAGACCCGCCUGUGUCCGCCUGCAGCUCGCCGCCUCGCCGCCUCACUGCGGCGGACUGACGGUGACCUGAAUGCUGAUGAUCGCGGAGAUCGACAGACGGAGACGAGGGAAGAAGGAGAUGAACCGUUUCCUGGGAGCCGGGGAGGAUGGAGCGCUGCUGACCGACUGCAGGGGGCUGUCACCAGACCCCACCGCCUCCUCCUCCUCCAUCCCCAUCACCUCCUCCUCCUCUUCCUCCUCCUCCCUCCCCAUCACCUCCUCCUCCUCUUCCUCCUCCUCCUCCUCCAUCCCCAUCACCUCCUCCUCUUCCUCCUCCUCCUCCUCCUCCAUCACCUCCUCCUCCUCCUCCUCCAGCGCCGCUGGCUCAACCGACAGACACGCGGCCCUGCCCUCGCUCCAGACCCGGGCACCUGGCGGCGGCGGGUCGGAGCCGAGGAGAUCCGCGCUCAAACGCAGCCGAGGCGGCCGGGAGGGACGAGGGGAACCGGAGGAGGAGGAGGAUCAGUGCGCGGCGGCCGUGGCGCUGCGCGGCGGCGGCGGAGAGGCGCGCGUCGGGAAGCAGCCGCAGCAGCGUCGGGAGGCUCAAGGACGCAGCGUCGGCCCGGGGAUGAUUUCCGCGGUGGGCAGGGACGCGGACAGCGGCAACAGUCACCUCGCCUGCAGCGGCGUCUCGGACGUGACAUGCGCCAAAGGCAAAGAGGAGAGGAAGGGGAAGAACGUGAUCCGCGGCUGGAAGAGGGAGAGGGAGAGGGACGCCGCCUCCGCUCCUCACGCUCCUCCCGCCCGGACGAGGAAGGAGAAGCCCGGCGAUGGCUCGUCUCCUCCUCCUCCUCCUCCUCCUCCUCCCUCCGUCUUCCUCCCGUCGUCCGCCCUGCUGCGUCCCGAGCAUCCUCUGUGCCGCGACGGGCCCGGGCCGUGCCGCUGCUGCGCCCCGCCGGACUGCAGGACCAUGGGCGACAACAACAACAACAACAACAACAACAACAACAACAACAACAACACAAACCAGCAGCUCCACAUCAGUAACGGAGCCGCGAGACACGCGCUGGACUGUGGACUUCAAAUCUGCGGCGGCGGCGGAGCUAUUGUUGUCAGGCGGCAGCAUGACGACACACCGGCCGCCAAGAAGCACCGAGGAGCCGAGAAGGUCGACCCCAUGUUCACGGUGCCGGCCCCGCCCGCCCCGGGCCACCCCCCCGGGGCCCCCGGCUCCUCCCUGCCCCCCUCGGCUCCGUCCUUCUCCCCUCCGGCGCUGCCCACCUCCAACCCGAAGCAGACGGCGGUGAGGACGAGGUCCGUCGGCACCAACACCCAGGACGGGGGCGGCGGCGGCGGGUCGGGCCCGCUGGAGGGCGACCCGGCCUGUCUGGGGCCCUGUCAGCCCGGGACCAGCGUCAACCUGGAGGGCAUCGUGUGGCACGAGACGGAGGAAGGUGUGCUGGUGGUGAACGUGACGUGGAGGAAGAGGACCUACGUGGGAACCUUGUUGGACUGCACCAAGCACGACUGGGCUCCUCCGAGAUUUUGUGAGUCUCCCUCCAGCGACCCCGAGAUGCCAGGCGGGCGUGGCCGGGGGAAACGGAUGCGAAUGGCCAUGGCCGAGCGGCCCUGCAUUGAGCCGGCCCCGGCAGCCAAAGUCAGGGGUCUGUCACAGCACAGGAGCCGUGGAGGCGGUGUGGCCGGAACCACUGCACCCAUCCACAGCAAGGGACGGAGAGGCAGCCUCAACCUCAUCAACAGCAACGGCCGAACUCCUUCGUCAUUCUUCACUGUGGAUGAGGUGAAAUCCUCCAACAGUGCCUCCACUCUCUCGUCUGGGAAGCGAAAGAAUAAACCGCCGGCGGACCUGGACCUCAGCCUGGUCUCUUCCGAUGACAUUAAAAACGGAAAUGGGAAGCGGAUUCGAGCCAAAUCCCGCAGCGCCCCGUCCACGCCCCAGGGCAAAUCUGACCCCUCGUUCAUGGAUCCAGGCGGAGGUUGUGCCUCUUCACCACCUCCCCCACCCAUUCUCAUUGACUGUCCCCACCCCAACUGCACUAAACGCUACAAGCACAUCAACGGACUGCGCUACCACCAGACACAUGCACACCUGGAGGCUGAGGAGCAGAGGAAGCCUGAACUGGAGCCCGUGAAGGAUGGGGAGAGUGAGGAACGACUAUCAGACUGUGAGGACACCAUCAGCAACAUGACAUAUGACCUCUCGGAGACAAACAUCAGCACUAAUUCCAAUAGUUCCUCAAAGAAACCUGCUCCUCUAUACAAAGUGACGACAGUAGGGUCUCCGAAGAACAGACGGCUACUCCUCAGUACCGAUCACAGUCCCACAGCUAACUCCAAAACCAGAAGAACCUCACUGCUAAAGGAUGGGCUGAUCGAUGACCUCAGCAAUCUGCCCAUCAUCUCCAACAUGACAGUGGUUCUGGAGAACUGCAUGGUCCCAGACAGAAACUCCAUGGUAGAGAUGCCCAAACUAGAAGCCGAAGGUUUGAUCGACAAGAAGGGUGGUGCAUGCGAUAAAGGCAAAAAGACCAACGGGAAGGUAGAGAAGCUGUCAAAGUCACGGACCAACCGGCCAAUCGCUCCAGCCCCUGCUCCUCCCAAGCUGAUAGCCAUACCCAAUGCAACCUAUCCCACUGGUACAGCAGAUACUGCCACUUCACAGCAGCCCUCGCCCAUGGCAGCCGUAGGCCUCACAAGUAAAAACCUUCCACUAAAACCCAUCAAACCAAAGCUGAGCGUCGUCGUGGAGCCAAGCCUUGUCAAAGCUACUCUCGUUACCUGCAGCAAAGAGACCAGGAAGAAAGAAAAACGGCGGCUGAAGGACAAACACAACAAAGAUGUACAAACCAGGACGCCUAACGGAGACAGCAGUGGAAUCAAAAUGGAAGAAGUCUGUGGUGGAUCUAAAAUGGGUGUCAAGGAAAUUUCUGGAAGCCUUCUGAAGGAACACCUCAGUAAGCAGGACGUGAUGAACGGACUUACAGAGAGCCAGGAGAGCAGAAUGGCUAGUAUCCGUGCUGAGGCCGACAAGGUCUACACCUUCACCGACAACGCCCCGAGUCCCUCCAUUGGCAGUUCAUCGCGGCUUGACGCAAGUGGUACUUGCCUGGUGGCAGCAGACAGCAGUAGCAAAAACAACAGCCCCGCCUACUCCGACAUCUCAGAUGCCGGGGACGAUGGGGGAUCUUCUGAAUGUCGCUCAGAUGGACUCAGAUCCAAGUCCAGCUCCUCGGCCUCCUCUGAGGUGAGCUCUAACAGUAACCAUGGUAACUCGGGUAAAACCCCACCCACGUCAUCUGCCCCAUUAUCAAAAGACUCCCAAUCCCCGUACUACCACAGCUACGAGCCCUACUACCUGCAGGGGUACAUGCAGUCGGACAGGCAGAACUGCAGCAGCAUUGCUUUCCACAAAAGCUCUGCCCAUGACGGCAAAGGGAAAGACAGGAAGGAAGAAGUGAAGGAGGACGACAAGAUUUCCCCCCAUGACUUCUUGGACUCUAAGAAGGGCGACGGGCCACCUCAGUCUCAGCUCCAGCUGGCUAUGAGUCAGACCCAGACCGCCUUGGCCCAGUCUUUGUAUUAUGGCCAGUACUCCAGAGGACUUUACAUGGACCAGAAGCUGUUACUGGCCUCCAAGUGCUGCGACCAGCCGCCCAGUUCCAAGCAAAGGGGUGAGCGGGGACAGGGGUUGAGAGACGGUGAGGAGGUUAAACAUAUGGUUGGGGGUGCAGCCAGUGGACCCAUGCUAGGGAAAGGUCCAGACUGUGCUAAAGGUUGCUGUCCCAAACCUGUCCUGUCCUACGUGGAGAUGAGCGAGAGAGGAGAAAGGGGACAGAGUCUGGGCUUGAAGGCUGUUCACGGGGGCUUGGUGGACCAGCACCAGGUCUUGAUGAAAGACUGUGAUGACAUCAAGUCACCCUCCUCUUCCUCUUCUUCAUCACUCCACAACGCAAACAGUCAGACAGAUCUGGACUCAAAUGUUUCCUAUUCCAGUCCCUCAGACGGCCCUGGCUGGGCUCACCGCCUCGCUCACAGCAAAUACUCAGAGCUACAACACGGAGAGGAGGCCGAGGAGGGUGAGGCAGACACGGGGAAAGAGUGGGGAGCUACCGUGGAGCCUACCGGGGCCAAGAUGACCUCAGGAGGAGAGCGAGGAGCAGGCGUGGGCGGAGAUGGUAAAAAAGCCAGGGUCCAUGGAUCCCACGAUCUCCCACUUGCCAUCGACACCGAGGACUGCGACCGGCUAGAGGGGCUAGAUGAUCCAGGCCAGGAGCCAAUAGGAGGGUUUUCUGAGGAGUCCCAGAGUGCCCGGGCGGCGGUGUCCCCUCCCAUGACCCCCCAGCAGCCCUACAUCCAGUACCAGCACUCCUCCUACCAGCCCUACCUGGCAAUGUGUGAGAGUGGAGGGGGCUCAUACAGAGGGGUGUCCCCAACGCUGGUCCACAACUACCCAGCAGGUUUCCACUAUCCUCUGUACGGUAAGACGGCGGGCAGGGAGGAGUCGGAGGUGACGCCGCCGGGCAGGGGCGGGGCGGUGAGCGGCAAGCCGAGCGGCGACUCGUCUUCGUCCUCCGCCAUGGAGCUGCUGCAGCAGCAGAGCCACCAGUACCACGGGAAAUCCCCCGCUCCUGGCGAGAAGGGUUCACCUGAGGGAGAGAGAGAGCCGGAGAGAGACAGGAACCACCUGUCGUUCGCCCGACACCUGCACACACACCAUCACACCCACCUGGGCAUGAGCUACAACCUGAUGUCAGGGCAGUACGACCUCUACCAAGGGUUGAGCUCCAGGUCGCUGGUCUCCAGUCAGCAGGUGUCGGGACACUCGGCCACAGAGGGCGAAGGGAAGAAGUAGGACCAUGUGACCGCGUUCUCACAUGAGGAACGGAAGAUUUAUCAGACAUCAAUUCCAUGGUGUUGAAUAAGCUUCGCCUCGCUGAGAGGCAGAGAAAAAAAUUAAUUAAAAACAACUCUUUUCAUUUCCUACGAAUGACAACCACCUGUUUUAUACCACGUCACCCCGGAGCAGAUGGGACGGACCGAUGAAGGGACGGUAGAACUUCCUGUUCCAAUCCAGAGUCACAGACUUUUGAAGCUUUCGGUUUUUGCAGAGCGGCGCAUUGAAAACAAAACAACAAGCACUCAGCUCGAGUUUAACUUUAUAAAAAAAAUGCACAUUUAUCGUAGUGUAUUAUGACAAUGAUGAUAUGACUGAAUGUAACGAUGAUGACUUUAAUUUAUCCCAAUAGUGUUGAUGGAUUUCUUUUUUAACUUCUAUUGGGAAGCAGCAUUAGGAAGCUAAAAAGUCUAUUAUUAUCCUUAUUAUCUCUCAUUAUGAUUAUCCAAGUGGUCCUCCUCCCUCCAUAGUGCUGACGCGACAUUUGUAUUAACUAACCUGUACUUGAGCGUAACCAUGUUGAUUGUACUUGUCUUUAUGUGAGAGUAAACCUUCACAGCGACCUGCCCAGUGCCAUGUAGGAACCAGUGGUGUAUAUAUUCUGUACAGAUUCAAGGCAGAGCACUAACAUGCUUUAUCCUACUCUACGUUGAUCUCCAUCAGCCGUGCAGGGGAGCAGCAGGCGGGCGGGGAAACCGCAGGCUCCAAAGAGAGAAGCUGAAUCCAAUUUGGUUUCAGGUAUAAAACUCCUUUAGAGCUCAACAGUGAGGUUCCGGAAGUGAAAAUCCCAUUCACAUUCUCCAUUAACAUUUUGAUUAUUCGCCAUAAUGUUGUAUCCGUCCAAGGUCGACUCACCAUUAUACCUCAGAGCUCGAGUGUCGCGGUUGUCGUUCCAUUAUACCUCAGAGCUCGAAAUUACGACCUCCGAGUCGGAGGUUGCAACCGGAACCCCCGACCCAAAUUCCUACGCGGAACGUCGAAGGAACUUCACCAACCCCGAGCUCCAGGCUCCAAGAUGUAAGACGCAGCAUGAGUUACUGGUACCACUGAACUCUACGAUCGUUAUAAAACAUUAUACGUCCACAAAACACAAGCUGCAAUACAUUACAAAACUAUUAUCAACAAUAUUCACAAUGGUUUAUGGGACAAAUAGUUCCUUCACUCAAAUAAUUAUUCUUUUUGCUCCGGAUAAAUGAAUGGGAAAUUCACUUCCGAACCUGGAACCGUUCAAGAAGUGGGCGGUCCCUGUUGAGCUCUACAAGAGAGUGAUUCUUCCAUAAGGAUCUGUUUUGAAUCACAAGAUAACAGAAGAGUACAAGAUACUACUGAGCCUGAUGCUGAAACUCAAACCGAUCACAUUGGAAUUGUCCUUCAAGUAAAAUGGUCCCAUUUGAUUCUGUUGGGGGUUCAGUCUUGUCCGGAGUCCCACAAUCCUUUGCCCCGCCUCUGCUCCCAAGCCUUCUACAAGCUAACUAGCUCACUGCAGAGCCGCUGACAGACAGAGCCGUCGGGCUUUACCUGCUUUUUAUCCACAUUCUCGUUUCCAAAAUCUGGUGCUGCUAGUUUUUAAUGUAGCCGAACCACUUGCCUCUCGUACACGGGUUGAUCCAUUCAGAUGUUGUUGGGUUGUGUCUGGAUCUUAUGAAAUAAUUUAUACCUUGACCAGAGUAUCUGAGACAUCUGGUGGAGUCAUACCAGAUAUGACUGUUGUGUUUGAAGCUGUGAUACAUGUGCUAAUCAGGUUUUUAGCCAGAAAUGACACUAAAAAGAUGUCAGAAAAUUUAUUUGGUAAAGAAAUACGGACAUAUUUGAGACCAAAACAAAAUGCGGUAUCUUGCUAAAUUACUUCGACUACAUCAACUUCAACCAAUAACUGUCUUAAACGCAGCUGUUAGCUAGUUAGCGGAGUCCUGUAGCAAGCUCUGAUUUAAUUGUUAACGUGCCAACUAGCCACAUUAGCUAAUGUGCUAACUAGAUGUGUCAAAAUCAAGACAGUGUUUUGAGCUGAUGAGAUAAAGUAGUUAGACUGAAGUUACACUUUUUUAAUCACGUGUUCACAAUUUGCUUGCGUCUUCGUGUGUUACUGGAUGUCGCCUCUAGAGGGCACUGAACCAGUGGCGCUCUACAAACUAAAUUGAAUUGUACGCUGGACACAGUCCGGCAUGGCCACCAGAUGAUUCAUUCACUCUAACGCCCUGAUGCUGCGUUCACAUCAUGUGGAAUGGAGAACUGUGUUUACAAUAACCUCCAAAUUUUGCGAAUGCAGCAUAAGGACACAAUCUUCUACAGUCACUGUCAACACAGCUGACAAUAAAACUGUAUUCGCCCCAAACCGUGUCUGUCAGCAGCUCUGCCUCACUUUACACAACACAACACCUGACCUGCAUAGUAUCAGUGAUCAUUCUAUUACUUGAAUAUAGUGCUAUAUGAACUCUGUUUACAAAAAUGCUGUCAACUCUUUGGGAGACACAGCGUUGUCUCAUUAAGGCUGCUUGGUAUGUUCAGUUCAUCCACUCGGUAAAUCCAUUUAAUAACACACAACGAAAUCGUAUAAAUAUGAAACUGCUGUUGCUUUUUUAUACUGUAUAUGCCUUAAUUCAUAUGUUUGGCAAUCAUGAUUAAAGGAUGUUUAUAUAUUC